UUGCCCUCAGCCAGUAAGUCAGCGCGAUCUCUACAGGGAGGAGGGGCGGUGCUUUGUGUACAUGGCCCUAGCUACAAUUAAUCCUCGUCUCAAGAACUAAAUCGACUGCCCUUCCUUCAACAGACAUCACCGGCGUGUCUUCGGAACAACCCGUUGGCACCUUUUGGGAGACUGACAGGCAUCCGAUUAAACUGUUCGUUGUGCAUAGAUUUAACAUCCAACCCUGAUUAGAGGAGGCAAACACUAACUAUUUGAAGUCACGUUGUAGGUGUAACCAUCCACCUACAGCUGGCGUAUGGACUUGAAAUCUGAAGUCUCCGAUUGACGGAUAAAUGUAGCUAGCUAACGUUAUAAACAUAACAAGGCAGCGAGGUUGCUACUGUUGCUAGAAAGCCGUGAAGUUGCACACACAGGAAAAAAAGAACAUUUCUUUGCAGACCGCUACAUUUGUAGCCAGAUUUCCAGCAGGAAUGCCAGGGUUCGACUACAAGUUUCUGGAAAAACCAAAGAGACGGUUCCAAUGUCCUCUAUGUAGCAAGACAAUGCGAGAACCUGUACAGGUUUCUACCUGUGGACAUAGAUUUUGUGACACCUGUCUACAGGAAUUCCUAAGUGAGGGUGUCUUUAAGUGUCCAGAGGACCAGCUGCCCUUGGACUAUGCCAAGAUCUACCCUGACCCGGAGCUGGAGCAGCAGAUCCUGGCCCUGUCCAUCCGCUGCAUCCACAGCGAGGAGGGCUGCCGCUGGACGGGCCAGAUGAAGCAGCUACAGGGCCACUUCUCCACCUGCGCCUUCAACGUCAUCCCCUGCCCUAACCGCUGCUCGGCCAAGCUGACGCGCCGCGACCUGCCCGACCACCUCCAGUACGACUGCGUCAAGCGCAAGGUCAAAUGCGAGUUCUGCGGCAACGAGUUCACGGGCGAGGCCUACGAGAACCACCAGGGCAUCUGCCCCCAGGAGAGUGUGUACUGUGAGAAUAAGUGCGGGGCUCGUAUGAUGCGCAGGCUCCUGGCCCAGCACAGCGUGGCCGAGUGCCCCAAACGCACGCAGCCCUGCAAGUACUGCGGCAAGGAGUUCGUCUUCGACACCAUCCAGAACCACCAGUACCACUGCCCACGCUUCCCGGUGCAGUGCCCCAACCAGUGCGGCACGCCCAACAUCGCCCGCGAGGACCUGGCCGCCCACGUGAAGGACAGCUGCUGCAGCGCUCUGGUGCUCUGUCCCUUUAAGGAUGCUGGCUGCAAACACAGGUGCCCCAAGCUGGCCAUCAGCCGCCACCUGGACGACACCACCAAGUCCCACCUGACCAUGAUGUGCAACCUGGUGACCCGGCAGCGCCAGGAGAUCCUGGAGCUCCGCAGGGAGCUGGAGGAGCUGUCCGUCAGCCAGGACGGCGUCCUCAUCUGGAAGCUGGCCGACUACUCCCGCCGGCUGCAGGAGUCCAAGCUGCGGAGCAACCACGAGCUCUUCAGCCCGCCCUUCUACUCCCACCGCUACGGGUACCGGCUCCAGGUGUCGGCCUUCCUCAACGGGAACGGCAGCGGCGAGGGCACCCACCUGUCCAUCUACAUCCGGGUCCUGCCGGGCGAGUACGACAGCCUGCUGGAGUGGCCCUUCUCCUACAAGGUGACCUUCUCCAUCCUGGACCAGAGCGACCCCUCCCUGUCCAAGCCCCAACACAUCACCGAGACCUUCAACCCCGACCCCAACUGGAAGAACUUCCAGAAGCCCAGCUCCACCGCCCGCAACUCGCUGGACGAGAGCACGCUCGGUUUCGGGUACCCCAAGUUCAUCUCCCACGAGGAGAUCAAGAAGAGGAACUACGUCCGAGAGAACGCCAUCUUCCUCAAGGCCUCCAUAGACAUCCCCCAGAAGAUCAUCGCCUGAGCGGGGUGUGCAUUGUUCCGUGUUUUGGAGGUCGUAGGGAUUGGGGAGGGAGUGCGGGUAGGGUUCAAAACAGGAAAGGACUCUUUCGGCAAAGAUUUUGCCUCGGUGUUCUUUUGGAUUCCUUGCAGCAGGCCGGUUUCUGGGCGAGUGGGACAGGUUGUGUCAGCUGGCCAGAAAGGGAAUUGCUGGCGGUCAUUCUCAUUUUUGAACCGUUUAUUUAUUUGGUCAGAAAUGCAGACGUGUUUUUAGUCUGUGGGAGAGCAGCAACUUUUAAUUUUUUUUCGUUUUUGAUCUGCGACAAAAAAGCCUUGGAAAUUCAACAGUGCCUAGCAGUUUUAUAUAAAAGUGUAAAAAAAACCCUAUUAUCUUCCUCAAACCCUGAUCUAAAAUGUGAUAGGAAGACUGGGUAAAGAUGGUGAGAUGAGCGAAUGUUUGAAUUUUGUUGUAAACAUCCCACUGCAGAGGACACUGUGUGUUUUGGAUGUUUGGGAUCGGUUCAGAUUGGAGGGAAGCUGGUAGUGUAUUUCAGCAUGUCCCUUAAGCAGUUCUCCUCCACUGAAGAAAACACAGAAGAGUCCUUUGUGUUUUUAGCUGAGCGGAGGCAGAACUGGCCUUAAGACUGAACUGGCAGAAAAGAUGAGAGUAUUGUAGGAACUCAGGAUAUUAGAAGAAAGUAAACACGCACACACCCAUAGACACUCAAAAACACAAACAUACUCACACACAUGCACACAGACACACACACACACACACACACACACACACACAAAUACACACAAACAUGCAACACAAAUCCAGUUGCCUUCUGUUAAUGUGCAACUGCCCUAUUUCUUGCUUCCCAGAGUUGCAGUGCUCUGCAUUUCUGUCCUGCGCACGCAUUGCCCCCGAUCGGUUUUACAUACCAAAUCAUGUACGUACCUCUCCCCUCUCGCUACACCUUCCUGCCAGAGUCAGAGCGUUUGUAUGGUCUGGACUGCAAACUUUUAUAUAAAAGGUGCUAUUGGUCCCAGUAUGUCUGUGGAAACGGCACUUCUGGGACCCCUACAGUGGGUCCUCCAUGGAUACGUUUACUGAAAUUAGUUGUAGCUUGUGUAAUCUUCUGGGGUGAGGAAGGGUGGUCAUUGUACAGAACGGCAUCAGCGAUUUCACACACCGUCUCAUGUGAUCACUGUACUUCAGCCAUCUGUACUUGUGAAAUCCGAGGACAUAUCCAUUGUUCUUAUGAGGGCAUGGGUGGAGAAUGGUGAUGAAACCAAACGCUUCGACCCCAUGUGGCGUAAGAAAUGCCAGAACGUGGGGUUUGGCUUACAGUGUCACAGAGGGGAAUUGGGCUGAACCCUAAUCCUUGCCAGUCGAUCAGGGCUGGGACACUACACGUGGUGCAGGCCUUGAUCGUUGUAAGAGGCUGAGUGUGUCUCCACAGAGCAAAGUGCAGGCGGGGACGUUGUUGUAAUUGUCACAAAUGUCAAUCACGAAAUGUGAGAGAAGGGCUUCUGGAACGCCUCCCAGCACGACGGAGCAGAGCGUACGGCGUGUGCAAUACAGCCGUUAGCACGUUAGCAACCGCAGGAGCAGGACCUGUAAGUCACUACCAUUACUGGAAGUUAGUAAUAUAAAUAUACAGCUAUAAUAUAUAUAUGUGUAUCCUAAUGUAAAAAUAUGAAAGAAGCACAUUUCCAGUAGUUUUGAAUUAUUCUUCAAGAAAUUCCUGGAUCAAUCUUUCGGUAAUAUCAGCAAUUUGCAGUCAUUUACAGCAAAUUUUGUGGAAAAACUGAAGAUUUUUUUGUAGUUUGUAAUUUUGCAAGAUACCAAUCAUGGUUUUUACGAUACUGUUUUUUGAAUAUAAAAAGGUGUGGUUUUUACGUAGGAGGUGUAGGGGUGAGAAUGAGUUUUACGAACCUUUCAAAGUUUCAUCUCUUUUAAAAUGUGCAUUAUUUGAUCGUUUGUUUUCCAAUAUGCUGUCUGUAUUAUUUUCUUCUCUUAAAAGUAUUUAUUUUAAUGAACUAUGACAUUGGCUCUUUUUAAGAGCCAGUGCAAAUGUUUUAAUAUGUUGAAUGAUAAUUGCUUGUCAGAUUCCUCUUUUGAAAAUAAAAUAUUAUUUCUUACA